CAGUUCCCUGACUUGGCUUUACAUCUCCAUUGCCCAUCACAGCAACCUUUGCAGCUCAUUUCUUUCCAAGGAAUUCCUGUUCUUGCUAAGCUAGAUCACCAAAAAGUACUAAAAUCCUAACAAAAGCAAGAAUCAAUGGCUGCAACCAUGGCAAUACUCAAUGCAAAGUGCUUGAGCAUCAACGCCAACAAGAAUACCAACCCCAUCAAGCCACCAACAAAACCCAUCUACCUUCUCGCCAUGCAAAACCUCCCGAAAGGUCUAACCAUCUCAAAACCAGCUGAGAACACAGCCCUAGCCGGAACUGCUAUUGCAGGUGCUAUCUUCACUACCUUGAGCUCAUGUGAGCCUGCUUUUGCUGCACAACAAAUAGCUGAAAUAGCAGAAGGUGACAACCGCGGUUUAGCACUCUUGCUGCCGCUAAUACCAGCCAUAGCUUGGGUGCUAUUCAACAUCCUCCAACCAGCACUUAACCAAGUUAACCGAAUGCGUGAGACCAGGGGGGUGAUCAUUGGGCUUGGACUUGGUGGGUUGGCUGCAUCAGGUUUUAUGUCAACGCCAGAUGCAUCAGCCAGUGAAAUUGCCAUGAUUGCUGAAGCAACAAGUGACAGCAGGGGUACGCUUCUGUUGCUUGUUGUUGCUCCUGCUAUUCUUUGGGUGCUCUACAAUAUUCUACAACCAGCUUUGAACCAAAUCAACAGGAUGAGGUCCUAGUGAGAAAAAUAAACAAGUGGGAUGGGAUUUGUUGGGGGUGUGAUUGGCAUAAAUUUACCUGUAAUUGCAAGUUAUUUUAAUGAAACUUUCUUUUGUUUCGAGCA